AAAGCGACAGCCCUGGCGAUAAGUAUAACGAUAAAAAAUGAUUGCGAAAUGGGCGACGUUUAAUGCCAGGUCACUAAAAACAGGCUGUCGCGAAAGAUAGAAAAAAUCUGUUUUGGUGUUAUAGUUUUCUUUGGUUUAAAUUUGGCGUGGAGGCACCUCCCUGCCUGCCCUGGUCCUCGCCGGGGUGUGUGCGUGUUUUUCGGGUAGGCUCCAUCGCAUCACCGCGCUGCAGUGCGUUACUGUAACCGAGCAGAAGUGCCACGCCGCCGGCUACAGCUGCGCCGUCGGCCGAUACUAUGUCAAAAACAGAGAGAGACAAAGUAACACUGCGAAAAAAUCCUGCUGAUCUAUGCAAUGAAAAAAUGGCAACUUUGGUCUCUACCAGCUGUGGUUUGUAGCCACAAAGAAGUGCAAGUGUGCAGACAUCUGUUGUGAAGUGGUGUUUGUGCCCGAUUUUAAAAAGCUUUGAUCUGCAGCACAUCAGGCAGCCCGCAUGGAACGAUCAGGGAGCAUCCAACUUGAUAUUCCGGACUUCAGCAACUCCGUCCUGUCGCACCUGAACCAGUUGCGCAUGCAGGGCCGCCUGUGUGACAUCGUGGUCAACAUUCAGGGCCACAGUUUCCGUGCCCACAAGGUGGUCCUCGCCGCCAGCUCCCCCUACUUCCGAGACCACAUGUCCCUCAGUGAGAUGAGCACCGUGUCCAUCUCAGUAAUCCGUAACCCUUCCGUAUUCGAGCAGCUACUUUCGUUCUGCUACACAGGUCGAUUGUGCUUGCAACUCGCGGAUAUUAUCAGCUACCUGACGGCGGCCAGCUUCCUCCAAAUGCAGCACAUUAUUGAUCGCUGCACCCAGAUUUUAGAGGGCAUCCACUUUAAGAUCAGCAUAUCGGAUGUGGAGGAGGAGCUUGGGGGCGGAGCCCACAGAACCACCAACCAAACCGAAUCAGGGAGAGGCGGGACGGCACUAACGGGGUCCCGCUCUGUAAGUCCCAGACAUAGCAGCUCUAGGUUGAUUAGAAACACUGGAGGGGUGAUCAACAUCCGUGAUGUGAGGGAAGUCCACGAAAUCAGUCCUCCGGGGGAAUCCAUGAGCCCUCAGAUGGUGCAGCACAGCGGAAUUGGCUCGGAAGAGGUGGGAUCCGGGAAAGAGCCCAUUCUCCGUAUUAAUCGAGCUGGGCAGUGGUAUGUUGAGACAGGAGCUGACGUGGAUGGGGGCAGAGAAGAGACCGUGCGAGUGGUGGAUGGGUUUCGUAUUAAGACAGAAAGGAUGGAGGAGUGGAUUGGAGCAGAGACUCCGGCGUCGGCGGAAGAGGGCAGUGGGGCGGAGGAGGGGCCAACGGUGAUGAUUGACACCUCAGGACGUAGCACACUCUUGAAAGAUGAGAGAAGAGGGGGGAAAAGUUCUCAGCCUUCCAGUAGCUUCAGUGAGACGGAGAGGUUUAGUCCUACAGGAAGUGUGGUGGUGAUGGCUGACCGACAAAGAGCCAAGAGUGAGUCUCCGGGAAGAGUUGACGACCAGAGACACCCCACCUCACAGGGAGAAGAACAAGCUGUGUUUGACAUGGGAGGAUACGAGGAGUACCUCCGAGAACAGGUAGGUGAUCGGUGGUUCCGCUACAACCCCCGUCUCACCUGCAUCUACUGCUGCAAGUCCUUUAACCAGAAGGGCAGCCUAGAUCGACAUAUGCGCCUGCACAUGGGAAUUACCCCCUUCGUUUGCCGCAUCUGCGGGAAGAAAUACACCCGCAAGGACCAGCUCGAGUACCACAUUCGGAAGCACACAGGAAACAAGCCCUUCCACUGCCACGUUUGUGGCAAGAGCUUCCCUUUCCAAGCCAUCCUCAACCAGCAUUUCCGCAAGAACCAUCCUGGAUGCGCCCCGCAGGAGGUGUCCCACAGUGCCUCACCCGAGACCACCAUGGUCACCUCUCGGGGAGGCCAGAACGAAGAUGAGUCGCCCACCCAGGAGGAGCCUGAGGGCAAUGGUGGAGGUGGAGGUGCCGGUUCGUCCUUUGGAGAAGGGGUACAACCUUCGGUCUCCACCACUGGGCCCGAUUAAAGGCUUCUUAGGGGGAAAAACUUAAAAGGCAAAAGUAUACUUCUGCGAGACAGAACGGCACACAGAAAAAUUAAGUAUACCUUAGCCUUCAGUGUCCAUGGAGACAGAGGCCAAUGGGGUCCAAAGGGACCUUGUCUUCGGAGACACCUAUGUCCUCUGCCUCUUACCAUCCACACUGAGAUAUUGCAGAAGAGUUGGAAAUUGGAGGUUCUCUUUCCUGCUGUCAACAAGGAACACAUAAAAAAGGGAGAAUCUUCUGCGUUAUACUUGGACGAAGUUUUGGGAUUUGUUUUAUGUUUUGGGAUUUUUUUCAUUGACAGCAAAAAUGCAAAGAACUGUUUGCUAGAACUAGUGUUCUAUAGGGAUUAAUAAAUGGUAUUUCCGCUUUAAACCGCAUCUACCUUGACCAUACAGACUGAACAGGACGUCAACAAAUGAAGACAAGCCACACUCCAACAACCUCACACACCACUGGAUGCAGUGAUUAAUUCUUUCUUCGUUUAGAUUUUUUUUAAGCCUUUCCUGUCUUUUAUAUAUGUUAACUUGUUUUAUAUUUUUGUACUACUACUACUAAAAGUCAGGACAAACAAAAGAGAAGCUGUAGCUACAAUGUGGUCAAAUAACAUCGAAAUUGCCAAACUUCUGUGUGCCAGAUGGUGAAUUAUAAAAACAAAAGGAUGUCGUAGUCCUUCACUACUCUGCCUUGAGACAAUCUUGAUAAAUCAAUCUGGGGCUAGACGUCGCACCCCCUAGCCAUGACAAGCUUAGAAAAACGGGUUCAGUUUUAUUUAGGGACCUGACAUCAGUUUUUUUUCUUUUUCCCGUUUUGUAUUAAGUGCCGAUAUGGCCUGCCAUAAAACCGAAACUCAUAGCUCACACUUUGAGUCCUAAAGGCCUCAAAGAGAACGCAAGUAUAUUCUAGCCUUAGAACAUUUCCGGGUUUAAAAGGCCAUGUCCAUAUUUAUCCGUUUUCGCUUAAAAAAACGUUCAGUUUCCUAACGUCAUCAUUUUCCUAAAUAUGCGGAAAUGCAGAGCCUUUUUGAAACGCUCUAUUUUCGGUGGAGGAAAAUGCCGUUCUGGUGUGAAUUACAGUCAUAAUUGUAGCAAAAUAAAUUCGUUUUCAAACAAAAUAGUAGUAGUAUGGACAUGGCCUCAUUUACAGAAACACUCAGCAUUUAAUUUUCCUGAUUUGAUGGAACAG